CAAAAAAUAUGACGGAAAAGACUUUUCAGAUAACAUUAUAUUUUUCAUGUCAAAUAUUUGGGGGUGUGGUUACUAAUGGUAUAAAAACGUAUAUUUUUUUUUAAUUCUUUAUCAAUAAUGGAAUUUCUUUUAAGAAAAUAUAGAUAUUUUGAAGAAAGGAUAUUACAUAGUUUGAAAGAUAAUGGCAUAAAACAUCGGAUGAAAGCUAAUACUGGAUUAUGGCUUGGAACAUUAAUAGGUCUAAGCGCAAUUUUAACUCUGUUAGAAGAAGAUACUAGUUAUUCUGAAAUCUGUCUCAUUGUGGGUCUUACAGGAAUUGGUCUUAUUAUUAGUUCUAUAUGUUUAUAUUUGAGAUUAUCAAGUGAAAAAAUAACAGUUAAAGAUUUCCAAGCUAUAUAUUUUUUACCAGCUAUAAUAACAUCAUUAUUAUAUCUCUUUGUUGCAAAUAAAGGACUAUUGAUGAGUGUCAUAUGGGGCUUAAGUGUUAGUAGUUUAGGAACUUGGGGUAUUCUUCAAUUGAUGUCUAUUUUUCCUUAUUGUUUCACAAUCGGAGAAGCAACAGCAGCUAUGCAUGGGUGUAUUUUAUUUCUUAUGUCUGUGGUAACAAAUUUGCCCUUAAGAUAUCAUUUGCCACCAAUUCAUGAUAAUGAUAUUGCAACAGUUUUUUUACAGGUUAUAAUGCUAUAUGUGAUAUCAAUAUGUUUAAUAUCUAAUUAUUUUCCAAUGUUUAAUUCGACUAAAAAUUUUUACAUAUUGACUAUUAGCCUUUUAAUAAUUGUUAUACCAUUAAUGUAUAUCUUAUUGGAUCAAAAUCCUUUGAUUUGGAUAUUUUACUUCUGUAGUAAAACAAAUAAGAUCAUCUUAAUUGGAUAUUGGAUUAUAUGUUUAUUAUUAGGUAUAACAGUUGUUACAUAUCAAGUAUUAAUAAAUCUUCAAGCAACAACUUCAACUAGAAAAAUGUUUCAUUUAUUAGCUGUACUUGUGUAUAUACCUGGUUUAAUAUAUGAACGUAUAUUAUUAUAUCUAGCUAGUGGUAUAAUAUUGGGAUUAUUUGUAUUUCUUGAGUUGAUAAGAUAUUUACAAAUACCACCUCUUGGGAAAAUAUUACAACAAGGAUUUUCUGUGUUUGCUGAUGAGAAAGAUAAUUUGAUUUCUUUAACACCUUUAUACUUAUUUUGUGGCUUAUCCUUUCCACUUUGGAUGCCUACCAAUAAUCUUUCAUUAUUAAUUUUACUCAGUGGUAUUUUAACAGUUGGUGUGGGUGAUACUGCUGCUAGUUUUAUUGGUAGUAAAUGGGGCUUUCACAAAUGGACCAAUUCAAAUAAAUCUUUUGAAGGAACAAUUGCUUGUUUUCUUAUUCAAAUUGGAUUAAUAUGUAUUCUAACAUUUAUGGGUUACAUAGAUAGUGAUUGGUUAUUUUUGCGAAGUUUAUUAUUAAGUAUUGUGCUGUCAUUCGUUGAAGCACAAACAAAUCAAGUUGAUAAUUUAGCAUUACCUUUGUUAAUGUAUGUAUGUUUAAUGGUUUAGAUAUUUUUUUAACAUAAAAUAGUAUAUAGCAAAUAGUUACUUUAAAAGUAACAUAAAUAUUGAUUGUUUAACAUAGAACGGACCAAAGGUAUAUGUAAUGUUUUCUUAUUUUACUAUUUUAUAUUUAUAUUUAAAAUAUAGGAAAAUAUUUUUUUGUCUUGUAUAUAACAUAUUUUUUUAAAUAAUGCAUUGAUUUAUGAGUUUUGCUAUAAAUAAUAUUUAAUAUUACUUAUUAAUCAAAAACUUUUUAAACUAUAUACUAUUUCAUUAUUAUAUAAUUCUAUGAUAUAAAAAUUGUAUGCAUUAUUUGAAAUUUUUUUUGUAAUUUAUAUUUUAAAUAAUACAAAGAUUUUACCAAUAUAUUAUUUUCUUAUAAAUUUUGUAAAAUAAUAUUUAUGAGAAAUAUUUAUAUUAUUUAUAUUAUUUUGUAUAUAAACAGGAAUGUUUAUUAAUUUGUUUGAACACAAACUCUUAUAUGAAUAAUUAAUUAUUUAAUAUUUGUGCAUUUAAUCAUCUAAUUUUUUAUUUUUAAUGUGCAAAAAGUAUGAAUGUAUUGCAAUGAUUUAUAUAACUUAUUAUUCCAUAAUUUAUUCAUUCCUGUUAAUGCAUUUUUAUAUUUCACUCAAAGAAAUUUGUAAACAAAAUUUAUAAAUAAAAUAUUUUUAUAACUGCAUAUAUAACUGUGUAAUAUUUUACUGUUUAAUAUUAAUUUAAUAUUAAUUUUAAAAAGACGAAUAAAAAUGAUUUAUUUUAAAGUUAAAUGAUAACUUAAUUUUAUUUAAUGAUAAUGAUAAAUUAAAAGUAUUAAUCUAUAAAUAUAUUCAUUUUUAUAUUGAAAUUUUUAUAUUUGUUACAUAAUUUUAGCAUGUAAAGUAUAUUUUUUCGUAAAAGAGGAUAAGUUUAAAAAAAGAUCAUGAAUUAUUUCGUUUCAUUAUUUUAUUGACCACACAGCCUUAAAAUCUGAUCGUACAUAGCAUGUCAUUAUAUGCCGCGUCUAUGCGCAUACAUGAUAUGCGGAAUGUUUGAAAAGCACCAAUUUCUUGUCAAGAUUUAUUUUUAAUUGUGAACUUUGUGUUAAAUAUAAUUUUGAUAUAUUGCGGUAUUUGCAAAGAAAAAUAUCAAUAUAUAUCUAUAUUAAAAUUUCCAGAUUUUUAUUUUAUUUUUUAUUGAAAUAUUAAUUAAUAUUUAUUAAUUGUUUAUUAUUAUAAAUAUUAAUUAAUAUUUCAAUAAUAUAAUAUUUUUAUUCAUUGUUUUGUUAUACUAUAAUUAUUCAUUUAUAAGAAAAUAUAAUGAUAUAUAAUGGAAUAAAUUUAUAAAUGUAUUUAAAUUAUUAUUAAAUUAAAAUAUAAUAAAGAUAUGUAUCUAUAAUUUUUUUUAUAAAUUUAAUUAUAUUUAUAUAAAUUAAUAUGCAUUGUUAUUUUUUCUAUUGAUAUUUUUCUUUAUAAAUUAUUUUUUAUUGUAAUUUUUUUUAGCUCAUUUAAAUAUGAAUGAUUAUAUCAUGUUAACUUAGAUUAUUUAUAUUUAUAUAUAUUUUCAUGUAUUGUAUACAAGUACCAUUAUUUUUUUUGUAAUUAUUAAAGAUAAUUAAAUAUUUUAUUUUAAGAAAUAUAAUUGAUUUGCAACUGUCAAUUAAUUUUCUUAUUGGAAAAAAUAUGAAAAUAAAAAUAAAAAAUCGAAACAAAAAAUAAACAUAAGAAACAAAAAAAUUAUAUUUUUUUUUUUUGAAAAGAUUAUUAUAAAACUAAAAUGACUUUAAUUGAUAUUAUUAUUUGUAUUGUAUAUUGAUUAUUUAUUGUACAUAUAAAUAUUUUAUUACAUAAAUUAUAAAUUAAAAGUGAUAUUUUAAAAUCUAAUUUCGCAAUGUGUAAGAUGUGAUACGGAAGUCAUAAAUAGUUUUAAAAUGGUUUUAAAAUAGCUUUCCGGAUUUUUAUUUAUUUAUUUAAUUUUUUUAUCAAGUUGAAAAUAUAUAUAUAUAUAUAUAUAUAUAUAUAUUUCUUUUAUUUUUUUCUCAUCUGAUAUUUAUAUAAAUAAAUUAUGUGAGAAAUAAAUAAAAAAUUAUAAUAAAAAUUAUGUAUAUAUAAAAAUAUGUAUUAUUAAAUAUAAUAAAAAUAAUUAUAAUUAUAAUAAUAAAUAUAAUAAUUUUAAUAAAAUUAUAAUAUAUCAUUAUUUUAAUAUUAAAAAAUUUUUUUUUGUCUAAUAGAUUUUCAUUAUUUUAUGUAUUUAAUUUUAUAAAAUAAUGAAAAAUAUAAAAUAUGUCACAUUUUAAAAUAAAAUAUUUCUUCAAUGUGUUAAUAUAACGAAUUAUUUUUAGUUCAUGAUUUUUUUUGGAGAAGAUUCUAAAAUGAAAUGUUUAUUUUUUAUGUUUUUAUACAAUAGUAGAUCUAAAAAAAAAAGAAAGUAAUGGUAGCCGAUUUUGUAUGUGAAAUAUUGUUAAUAAUUUAGAUUUAACAUUAAAUCUUUCAUUAGCUUCAGUUUCGUAAGAUUUACCAUUGUAUGAAAGUUCAUAAAAACUUAGCAUUAUGACUUCAGGAUCUUCUUAUAUAAGUGAGUGUGUAUUUUAAAUGCAUACAUUUAAAAUUUAUAUUCAGUUUUAAUAUAAUUGAAUUUUAUUACAAUUAAAAAUUUAUCAUUUUCAAAAUAUUGUAUUAACAAUUAUAUUUCGUAAAAUAAUAAUCAUAUACUAUAUGGCAAAUAUAUUUUGAAAUAUUACAGAAUAAAUAUAAUAUUAAAUAAAGAAAUAAAAAAAAAAAUAUAGAAAGCGAAUUUACUAAAUUUUUAAAACGAUUUUGUUUUGAAAAAGAAAAUAUAAAAAAUAAUUUUGUUCCAUUUAAAGAUAAUUUACAUAUUAUUUUUUAUUGGAAAACAGGAAAGGAUUCUAAACGAUUAAAGUGAAUCUCUUUUCUAUAUUCCACAAAUUAAUAUCAACUACAUUGUAAAUCUCAAUACAAAAAAUCGUUGUAAAGUCUAUAAGGGGAAAAUUUCGAUAAACGAAAGAAGAAAUACGAUAUAAAGGAACUGUGACAAGAACGGUGAUUUUCCAGCAUUCAGUAUCGACGUUCAUCAUGUUACAUCGUAUCUGUUGAUCUCGAGAAGCUUUUUUCUUUGUAUUUGUAUUUUCUGAUGAAUCCAAUAUUCUAACGAAUAUAUCAGAACAAUCAAAUAAUAAUACUUAAAUCCUUAUGAUUAUAUCGCAUUUUUUAUUUUAUUUUUUAUUCUUCAGAUAUUCCAUGAAUUCGUUCUAUGAUUCUAAUAUUCCAAUAUUCAUUCUAUAUGAAUAUUAAGGAUUUACUCGUUAGAAAUUGUCAUCAAUUUAUCAGAAAUCGCAUCAACUGUAUCCUUAUCAAAAAGUCGUCGAACAAUCGAUAACAAGCUUCAUGGAGAACGACAGAUAUUUAUGAGAUGUUUCUCUACGUGCUACUUAUUAUAUUCGUUUCUUAUAUAGUUGUAUUUUUAAUGGUAUAGCAAUUAAAUAAAUAUUCUGAAAUUCUUGAUCAUGUAAUGCCAUUUUUUUUUUUUUUUGGUUGUAUAACGUUAUGUGCAACAUUAUCGAUCUUUUGAAUUUCUCCUCUUUUCUUUUUCUACCAUACUUAAUUAUGAAAAUUUAUGUAUUUAAUGUAUCUUUUAUCUUCUGUUAAUAUAUUGCAAUGUACCUGUUGUUACUUUCGUUUUUUAUUGGUGCUGAUCUAUACGAUACUUCGUCGUUGCAUCUUCUAAGAAAAAAUUCCUUUUUCUUUUUGCCUCGAUAGUUCUUUCUCUCUGAUCUUUGCCUUUUCAUCUCUUGCAAAGGAAGGAUGAUGGAGCGGAAAGUUGCGAUAAAAAAAUAAGCAAUCGUUUUAUAUGUUAUUAGUUAUUGACUUUUUGACGUGCGCGUGUAUAUGAACAUCUUACUUGUCAGGUGCUUUUCUUCUGUGGACAGAAAAUACAAAUCGCAUUUUUAUUUGGUUUCAUCAUUUUCUCUAUAAUUCUAAACGUUGCUUCUUAUUUGUUUGUGUUAAUUCUAUUUCAUUUAAUAAAUUCAAAUUUUCACAAAAAUUAAUUAACAUUUACUAUGUUUAUCAUGCAGUUUUAAUUAUUUUAUUUUAUCCUAAUUUUCACAGUUACAUAAUUUUAUUCUCUGUGUAUUCUUUUCCUUUUUAUCAUAUUGAUAAGAUAUUAUUUUUAUUGAUAUUUCAUGUUUCACAUGAUAUUUUUAAUACAAUUUUUAAUAUAAUUUUAUUUUUUUGAUAUUUAACUUUACAAAAAACAAAACAAAUAUAUAUGGAAUUUAAGGUUUUAAUUGAAUUUUUUUUUGGAAUUUGAAUUAAGUAAAAAAAUUUAUUGAUAUAAUUUUUAAUUUAUAUAUAUUUUAAAAUAUGAAAUGUUCAAUGAAAUUUGUUGAAAUUUUUGUAACUUUGCAUUGAAAAACGUUGCUCUAUUUUGCAUCGAAUAUUAUAUUAAAAAUAUUUACUUAAUCGAGUUACAUAUGAUUACUUUCUAGGAACAUUUUUGUUAUUUUUUUUUCAUUGAAAUUUUUAUUAUGUUAUAUACGUAGAAACAUAUCAUCAGAAAAAAAGCCCUGAACGUAGUAAAUAUUUCGAAAUUAAUAGUAAUUGGAAAUGCUGAAGAAUUCUAAAAUUUUAAUUGUGAAGCGCUGAUAUUUCCAUAUAUAAUCCAUGUGUGUUAAAAAUUAUCGUAAAUUUAAAUUAACUUUAUUUUUUUUUUUUGAUAAAUUCAAACGUAUAAUAAUUUAAUCGAUAUUCAUUAUUCAUCGCAGUGUUUUAUAUACGAACGGGAUUUCUGUAAACAGAAAUUUUUUUUCAUAUAAUUAAUUAAAUUUAUAAUUAAUUAAAUAAUAAUUAAAUUUAUAAUUGAUACCUCGUACGCAUAUAUUAAUUUAUUUUUCAGUGAAAUUGAUUUAAAAACUAUUAAUUUAUAAUUAGAAUUCUUCCUAAUUAUAAAUAUUCUUUAUACAUAUAUUUAAAUUCGUCAAAUAAGUAAGAAAUAUAAUAUUAAUCGAAUAAAAAUAAUUUUCUAUCUAUAACAAUAGGUACAUCAAUACAUUGUCAAAUAACAAAGUUUUUUUAAAAUAAUAUAUGUAAUUUGAUUGCGUAAAGCAGUGUUAAUAAUACUUUCACUCGUUGAAAGCUUUUGCUAUUUUUAUGAUUAUUUAAUAAUAAUAAUUAACUACCAUUAAAAAUUUUUCAACAAGAUUACUACUUGACAUUGGUUUCUUGUUAUAUUCUGUGCAAAUGGAAUUUUUUUCAUAAACUAUAAUUGUACAUUCUAAUUUUUUCAUUAAUUAGCAAUUAAAACCACGAUGAGUUUUUAAUGCAUAAUAAGAAAUAAAAAUUUCGAUCAUUCUUUUUUCUAUUUAAACGUAAGUUACAUAUUUACAAUCGCAAAGCAUGGCGACUUCAUUGGCACUUUAAAACAACGUCACAAUUCCUCGACCCCGUUCCACAAAUAACGUGAAGAAGAAAAUACUUCACUUUUGUCACGAAUAUAAAAUCAACUAUUUAUUUGCAAGAAAUAAAAAAUUGGAUAUAACAGCGUAAAAUAUACGAAUAAUUCCAUGUAUCAUAAACUUUUUACAUAGCAACAUAUAGCAAUAUAUAUAAUUUUCUCUGCUAUGUAAAGUACAUAUAUAUUAUGUACUUGAUACACCGCUUUCUGUCGAAGCAAGUAAUAUGAGAAUUUUAUUGAGUGUUUUUUAAAAAUUUUAUUUUAAGGAGAGACGCAUUUAUCGAAAAUUUUUGACAUUUUAACGGAAAAGUUGGCGCUGAUUUUUGCGUUUAGCAAUUCCUAGUAAUGAAAUUAUCAUUCGGUCAGUUGACAUGGAGCUAGGGAAUUUUGGAACAGGAACGAAUAAUCGUAAUAUUGUUUUUAAGUUUAAUUGAUGCUUCAUCUCCACGUCUCGUGGUGCUUGCAUACUUUCUGUACAAGAAUCGCUCCACAAAAUAUACUUUAUUCAUUUAUUAUAUAAUAAAUCAUUUAUCAUUCGAAAUUAUAUUAACUAAAAUUUUAAAUUUUAUUUUUUAUAAAGAUCGAAAAAUAAUAAUCAAAUAGUUGAAAUACUUGAAUUUUUUUUUCUGUUAAGAGCAAAAUCUGACAGAAAAUUAUAUUGUAAGAUUGUUCCCGUUUAUUAUAAUAUAAUUAUAAUAUGUUCGAUGAAUAUUUUGGAGGGAUUCUUGUAUCUUGACGACAAGCGAAAUAAACAUAGUUGCGAGUGUGUCAUGUGACUUUCGAUAUUCUCUGUUACAUUAAUUCAUAUUCAUUUUUCCAAAAACGACGAUUUACAUGAUCUUUAUGAUCACAGGGUCAUGUAAAAUCUUUCUUCUUAUUGAAAAAAAAUUCACCAAGUUCCAUGAGUUUCAACUUAAUGAAUGCUAUUUUUUUAAAAAUAUAUUAGGUUAUUUUCUUUACGUAACAAUAGUAAUAUUUUAAUGUAUGUUUCAUCUGCAAUUUGAGAAUUGAGAAUCACUGAUUUAAAAAUUUCUUUUUAACGUAAUUUUUUUUAAAAUGCAACCAGUUUUCGAUAGCACGACCCUGUGCAGCGAUGUUCAUCAAUCAGAGCAAACGUUCGAUUGCUUCAUAUUUAACUGCUUCAUUUUCCUCCUCCCUUUGCCAUCUGGUUGGAAAUCUUAACAACUACAUUUAUCGUAAAGCAUUUUGUAUGCGUUUCUCCCGCGAUCGUUUGCUACUGCGAUAUAUGAAGAUGCAAUCGACGGUCGAUAAUCGAUUAAAAUUCGAUUCUUCGUUCGAUUAAUCGAUAUCGAUAAUUGAAACGAUAUCGAUCAUUUGAAUGUACGAACGAGCGAUAUUGAUUCUUAUCGCAAUUUUAAUUGAGUGAACAUUAUUAUACUUUCUUCGAGACCUAGAAACAUAGAAGAAUCAAUUUUCGAUUGUAAGUCGUCAAUUAUUAUUAAUCUAUAAUUUCAUUGAUAUCAUUGUUGUAAUCUUGAUAUUAUUUAUUUUGAACAGAAUAUUGACAAAUGUCUGUAUAUAAUAUACUGUUAUUAAUCACAGAAAAGAAACAAUUUUAUUAAAUGAAUCAUUUUUUAUUAUAAAUGAAAAUAUAUAUUUAUAGAAAUAACUCGAAUCAAGAAAAAUAUCAGUUGAUAAUAUCGAUUUCUUCGGUAUCUAAAUCGAGUGAAGCAAGUGCAGUUUCGUUAUCGAAUCGACGCCUGGUUGUACUCGAAAAUUAUCGUGCGAUCAGAAAUUAUUCUUCGUAUUCGCUUCAUGCCGACACGUAACGAUUAGACGUUUCACGUGGUGCAUCCGCAGUUGCAUCGAUCGCGGGUGGACGUGCCGCCACUCGCUUCAAGCCUAAUAUACAUCGAGUAUUAGGUUUACAAAACAGAUACCCUACUUCAUCGUAGGGUUUCAAGGGGUUGGAUUGGUGGUUUUACAAUAGAGAAGGACGUGGGGCUUUUUGGAUAGUUGGAGAUGGGAUUCCAGGAAAAUUGAUAGAGCCGGGAGAGAUUUAUUUACUCCCUUAAUUUGUGCCAAUCAGCGAUCUGCCUUUGCGGCGAGCUACAAACUUCUCUCCAAUGAUUCAAAGCGGAUCCUUGACAUUCUGGCCCACCGAACUCAAGUCGUCCAAUAACCUAAAAAUUGUGAAAAUAACGUUCUGAAAAAUUGAUUGAAUCGAGGAUAUUUCGAGGAGGACAAAAGUCAUAGCGGAAUAAAAGCAAAGUUACAGGAACGUACCUCGUUUCUUGUAACACGAUCCCAAUCGAUCAACAUAAACUCGAGGCUGACAUUGUUAAGACCAUCAGCACCAUUCGGAAUAUCGAAUACGAAAGACUCGUUGAAUACCGGACUAAGGGUACGUUUCUUCACGCGCGUCUUCCUCUUUGCGAUGCGCUGAGAGUUGUACAGAAGAUAGAUCUUGACAUAUGGAUCCGCUAACCCAGUCACGUCCAUCUUGGGCAAAUUUUGCGCCUUCAGCACAACUACCGUCAAUCGGCUGUUGAUUGGUUGCCAACAAAGGGAGACGAGCAGCUCUCCCCUGCCUUGUGAUUGAAUCUGAAAUUACAGACUUCUAGGACAUAUUUUUCGGCACAACGAUAUCGCUUGAUUAUCGGCCUCCUCCAAGCCGGGCACCGACGAAAGUGCACAUGUCAAUUCACCGAUAAUAUCAUCUCGAGAAUAUCUAUCGAAGCUAAGCACUAUAAAGUGUAGACUGAUUUUCUGCGAACGGAGAGAAAAAUACACGAGGAAUGUAACGAAAUUCCAAAACUCAAGAUAUUCUUGUCGAAAAGUUACUCGAACAGUAAUUAGAUAUCGAGAGAGGAGAAAAAAGAGUUACCUGAAGCUGAUCCUUCGAUAUCCCGAAGAAUGUGAAAUCCUCGUCGUAGACAGGAUCUCUGGUGUUUCUGAGCACUCUGGUUUUCGCCUGAUGCUGCUUAUCAGGCAACAGUUUCAAUUUCACGUAAGGAUCGCUGGUGGCGUUUUGUUCCCUCGCAGGUAACCCCUUGCAGUUCACCACCGUCACCCCGAGCGCAUUUUGUUCGCUCACGUAUCGCAGUUUGAACAUCAGCUGGCCGAGGUUGUCUUUGUUAUUCUCUGCCGCGUGGUUUUUCUCGCGUUCCGUUUUCUCGUUGUUCUCGAUUUCAGCCUUGUCCCGUUGUUCAUUCUCGAUACUCAAUGUGACCUCGCCGGAAGGUGUCUGGGCGGGUGUACCUGUGAUUCGACAGAAUCUUUUAUGCUGGAAACUUUCUCUCCCUCAAUUUUCACUUAGCUUUUUAUUCUUACGCAAAAGAAUUCAAUCAACGUUCUUGUCUCAUUGUACCAUUUCUAUGCGUAUUCAAAUUGGAUGAAAGAUCACCUGUACCCUGUGGUGUUCUAGGCUGCGAACCAGGAUUCGACGACUGGGAGCCGGUCGGGCUGGGUGUUUGUCCACCGGAGCCCGGGGGACUUUUCGCGGGCCCCGUCGGGCUUGGACUCUUCUUCAGGUAGUGGCUGGUGCUUCCAGGACUUUUAACCGCCGUCGGUUUCCUGUGGGGUGGCCUGAACGCCAGGGACUUGUCGGAAUUCAGUUUGGUGUGCUCGCGACGUCGUCGGCAAAGCCACCAGGUCAUCGCGACGGCGCAAAGUAGGAAAACGGCGCCUAUACAUAGUGCGACUAUGGUCGUCGUCGACACUGGAAUUACGCGUUACUUUCAUUAAAUUCUUUUGCUCCCUGUUGAAAAUUUAGUUUAUUAUCGUUCAAGGAUUCACGCUUUCUGGAAAAUUUUUAGGGUUAAAAUUUGUCAAUAGAGGAUUAACUUCUUAGAAAAUUAAACGAUUCGACAGAUUUAUUUGGCUUCUCAUAUGCGACUCAUGUGUAUUUUGCAUGGAACAAGAAGAGUUAACUUGAAAGAGAUAUAAUUGAAUAUUGUAUAUAUAUUUCAAAAUUUUAAUAUUUGAUAUUGUAUCGUAAUAUAAUAUAUCGAUGGUAUUCGUGUUUAUAUAUGUAAGAUGUUUUAAGAGAGAAUUCUUUCUCUUUUUCAAUUUAUUACUUUCUUCAAACGGUUAAUUAAUUAACUUUAAGCAGUGAAAGGUUUAGAGACAAGUAUAUAUUGAUUGAAAGAAUUUUGAACUUUAUAAGAGAGUUGGUCGCUCGGUGCUGACUAAUGCCAAGUUCCGGCAAUGAUGAAUCAUCUCGGCAAUGUGCGCGUUUUACCUUACCACAAACCUCAUAAACGUUAUCAAGUACUUAUAAAACAAUAAAAGUCUAAUAAUUGUUCAGAAUACAAUUUAUGUUUUCAUCUAUCUCGAUAAUCGUUUCUUCGAAAUGAAACAUAUUGGAAAACAUUCAAGCACGUAUCCAUGAUGCUAUAAAUUUAUAUUCUAUCUCAAAUAAACUGUGAUCGAGUUUUGCUUUAACGAAUUAUCCAAAUUGUCGAUCGUGGAACACGUCAGAGAAGCGCCAACACUCGAAUUAUUCAUAUAAUAUCAUUCAUACGUUAAAUAUAAGUGAAAUACAAGAAUAAGAAACCGAUUAAAUCUAUCUUUAAAUUCUAGUUUCAGAAAUUUUAAUUCAGAAUAUAACAUUGAAUUAUUUGAAAGUCAAACUAAUUGAUUCCACUUUCUACAAAUUUCUUUAAUAAUACCAAAGCACAAUUACAUUAACUUCACUUUUUCUAAUUUUUAGCAGAAUCUAGCUCAAAAACUGAUCAAUACUAAUUUUUAAACUCAAUUAACAAAGUAUAUUCCGAUUAUCAAAAUACGAAAUCAAAUGAUUAUACAAAUAUUCAAUUAUUUUCCAUAAAGCGACAUUAUUCGAUGGAGUUGAUCCACUUGGCUUCUGCGUGCAUCACAUGGUCUGGCGUCUCGUUAUAAAGCCAACCAUCCUCCACUAUAUACAUACAUCAACUCGCUUUCUAAAUCAUUCAUCGAGUCCAACGAGUCGAGUCAAAAGAGAGAGAAAAAAAAGAAUGAUGGAAACGAAUGGAGGAACGAUCCCAAUGAUGGAAACACCCGGUCACGAAAUAACACAGGUAUCACGAUGUAACAGCUGUGAUCCGCAACCAUGAUCCAAUAUUCCUUCCAACGAUAGUUUCAUCGAGGACCAGCCGAACGACACCCCCGAUUACGCGGACAAUGGAUGGAAAUGAACGCGCGGUGGUGCAAUGAAAGCUAGAAUCGUGGACGAUUGGAUCGAUGUGAAAUGGAUCAUCACGAGAUUACGGCGAAAGGAGGAAUUUUCACGGUGGGCUGAUCCGGGACUCACCGAAAUCGACGGGUCGAAUCACGGGUCCGUCUUCCGUCACUCCUCCGACCAUGUUCGGCCACGUUUAUCCCCCGUCUAUUUGGAUACGCUUUUAUAUCCGCGUAAGUCACUCGGCCACGACGCACUGAACGAAUAUUUACGGUGUGCGGACCGUUCGUGGUAUCCUGAGGCGACCAUCGGACGAAAUGUUUCGAUCAAUAAUAACGGCCGGAGCUUGCGCGGAAUACCGGGGCCGCUGGGUACGGAAAAGACGACAACCACGACACCAAGACGGCGACGCCGGGGAUAAUGCCGUUUCGGUGGUUGCUAGACGAAGGAGAAGGUCCCUUCCUGCGGAUAACGCCAAGGUUUUCGCGCAGGUGACGAUGCACUUGGACGAGGCGGUGAAACCGGUGAAUCGAUGGAAUAUCGAUCGGUUGAGUUUAGGCUGGCUUUUUAGAAACCUUUUUUGAGGAGAGACCAUUGUUUAUGAUUAGUUUUUCUAUGCGUCGCGGAGGUGAGAGAGGGUGGAUUUGAGAAAGUGGAGGUAUUUUGGGGAAGGAUUAAAGGAUUUUUUAAAUUCUGACUAUUCUAUGCUAUAAUCCUGGGAUUUUCGAGUCUGGGAGAGUUUAAAGUGACACGGUGAGCGGGAUACGGUUGGAAAAGGGACAUGUUAUAUGUACUAUAAUAAGAUGAGUAAGGGCGAAGAGAAAGGUGAGACUAAAAAUUGCAACUUUAAUCCACUUCGCUCGAGUUCUGUUUUGAAUUAUCGAUCUACAUUACAUCUAGCACGCAGAAGAUAAUUCUCCUAUGACUCAUCUAUUACCUCGAACCUUCUAAUUAAAUGAAUAAAUCAAUUUGCAUGAUGACACAAAUAAGUUUUCUUAUUAUUUAUUAUUUUUAUAUAUUUAUAACAUAUAAAAAUCAUUAAUUAUUGUAUUAUAUAAUAUAUAUAUAUUUUUAUACUUAUUAUUAUAUUGAAAAAUAUAUUUAUUGUUUUCAUUAAA